AUGACAUCAACUUAUCGACCUAAUGAAUCCAAACGAGAAGAAUUCCGACGCUAUCUUGAAAAAGGCGGUGUCGUCGAUUCAAUUACAAAAGCGCUCGUAGCACUUUACGAAGAGGCAGAGAAGCCGAAUAAUGCAGCUGAAUUCGUUCGUCGGUAUAUGGGAGCAAGUGGACCUGAUACUGCUGAAUUGGAGACGACCAAAAAUGAACUGAUGUGUUUACGUGAAAAAAUCGACGAGUUAACACGAGAGAACGAGACAUUGAAAGAAAAAUUACAAAAAUACGAGAGUGGUGGACAAUAA